GGCUUCUGUCUCAAUGCAUUUUAAUCCAAUCAACCCACCUCACUCUGUCCUAUGCUCACCUAUAAGAAUGUUUUUUUGGGUGAAAACCAGCUGCUUCUUCCUGCUGAUGUUGGCGUACGGAAUAUAGCAACAGCUCUUCCUUUCAACAUCAUGUGUCCAUGGCUCUCAAGGUCAAAACUGCUGAAAGUAAGGUGAAGGCUCACAGGUUUUUCUCUGGCUGCAUUGCUUCUGACACUUCAGUUUAGAAAUGAAGACAGCGAAAUGGAAUGGAAAAAAAUGAUACCAAGGUUGUUCUGGUGAACCUGUUGAUAUGCAUGGUAGUUUUCUACACUGUGUACUAUGUGGUCCUAUCUGUGUGCUUCGCAGUAUUCAGGAUUAAAAUGUUGGAUGGUUUGGCACCUUUUGAUUUUAAGACAAAUCCCUCGUGGAUUAACCCGUAUUAUUUAGUUCUUGUGAUAUCAUUGGAAAUAACUUUCUUCAUUUGUGGUUUGCUGUUUGCCCUGAUUGUGGAAGAAUGGGUUUGGGAUUAUGCUGUAACAGUUACUAUUAUUCAUAUCAUCAUAACUUCAGUUGUUAUGUCUGAAUUCCCCCUGAUGUUACACUGGUGGCUGGCAUUAGGAUCUGGAGUCAUUUCAAUGAUUUCUGGAGGACAGACUUUGGCAUAUUGCUUGUUCAAAGACAACUUCAUUUACCCAAUUCUAGAUGAUUUUUGAAAAGAAAAAUUAGAACUUGUUUUUAUAUUUAUAUUAAUUCUGUGAUUUGAUUAAUAACAUAAUUAAAAUUAAGUUAGCAACUGACUUUGUAAGGCUAAUGUUUAGCUUACCAGACAUCUUGUAUCUCACACUUGUUUGCAGUGUCAAUGUCACUACUUCUAGCUUUUGUAUGUACAUUUUCCAUUAAGCAGCUAAUUAGACAGGUUAUCUCUUUUUUAAAAAAACAAAUAAACCAUAAGGAGGAUGAGAGUAAUGGUGCAACACUUGCAAAAUCCUACAAGGAAAAGGAAAAAACCAGAUCUGAAUAUAGCGUUUUCAGAGUGCUUGUUAUCUGUUGUAUUUUAUGAAAUGCUGACUCUAAUUUAGGCUGGAAUCUGACCUCUCACAAGCACUGCAAAGCUCUAAAGUCACCCUGUCUGGCAUAAAUCACUGUAGGUUUAAAGCAGACUUUACUGGCAAACCCCUGGCAAAGAAUAAUCUGUGAACAGCACAUAGCUCUGCAUCUCUUCCCGUCUUAAAACUCUCACCUGGAAGCUACCCAAGGAAACAGCAGGCAGACCUGCAAUCCCCAUGUCUGGUUGCUCCCCUUGCUUCCAGGGAUUCCACACACAAAUACUUUCUAGAAUACCUUCAGGCUAUUCUCUCAUUUGCUAAUGAUCCAUUUAUGGUCUGGGGGUGCUGGAAGAAGGAAAAGCAAAUACUACUGACAGCCACUUUUUUACAUAUCCCUUUCUCCCUCCCCCAGCUGCAAGGGGCCAAUGCCAAAGCAUGAGUUUAUGGGCAGUGGUAAUUAAAAACAACAAACAAACCUAAGUAGUGGCUUCAAGUAACUCUUUAUCUCCUUAACCAUAAUGAAAUUGUAACAGGAAAAUUGCUUGAAGGCAACUUCAUCUUAAAUAUGAUACCAGUGAUUUGAUUUCAACUGCACUUUGCUUAGAAGCGCAAGACUGGAUUGCUGUUUGCACAGGAGUGCUAAAUGUUUCAUUUGCCUUAAUCUUACUCAACAGAUGAUGCCUCUGAAGAAUCUGUCCCCUGUUAAUCUAAUUAAACAUCUUAAAAUUUAUUGCAAGUUUUAAAAUUUUCAAUUAAGUUUUAAUACUGAAACUACAUAUACAGUGAGAAGCAUUUUGCCAUUUUGCAGAAGACUCCCAAAAGAAUGAGUUUGUCUCUCAUGAAUGACAGAUAUGGAAGUCAUUUUAGAGAGAAACCAGGUAUGUAAAUCCAUAACACUGAAUAGAUGUAGACUUUACAAGUUGUUCAGCAUAAUAGGCUGUAUACUGAAGCCAGCAGAGAUAAUUCCAGAGAGUGAAUUAACUGACCUGCACUGAUCACUGGUCUGAACCAGGGACUGGUUUUAGUUUGACAGAUUUGUAUCUCCAGAAAUAUUAGUGUGCAGAUAACUAACUGGUAUUAUUUGAAAAAUGUUUGCACUUUUCUUCCAGAUUUGUUUCAGUUCAGAGCUAUAAAAAUGGAUGGGAAGGAAGUACCAUCUAGUGUAAAUUCAUACCUCUGUCCUCGUCCUCACACUGUGUGUGUAGGUUAUGUGCCAUGUGGCAGAACAUGAGUGGAUUAAAUAUAAAGUUAAUCCACAGGUGGAACAAGUUUCUAUUUUUAACCUAACAGGAUUUUCCUCUAUGUGUGUCAGCCCAGCUGCACCUUGUUGUAGCUCUUUUGCCCAGUCCUGACAAUUUAAACUUUUGUUUUCUAUUUAAAAUCUUCAAUCACCAGCAAGAGAUACCUUCAGACUAAUAUGACAAGUGCUUUAGUCCAUGGAUUUCUCCCAAGCAUGUGCAACUAGGCCACUGCUAGCAAAACAAUCACAGCAAGAACUCCAUCAAGGAUUAAAGCCUUAGUCCAGCUAUUAGAGUUAAUAGCUUUUUGCAUUGCUUGCAGAUACAAAAUGGUGAGACAAUUUCAGCAUUAUUUCUUUCAUCUCUUCCAUCACUUUUAUGUUGAGCACCAAUGAUAAAUGUUACACAUAAUGUUUAAAGUGUAGAGAAAGUUCAUAUUAUACAAAUAAAUAUUUAUCAGGUAAGCAGUAUGCGCUACACUUGUGUGGACAUUACCUGGUUAGAAGCCUUCAAAGAUAAUAUCUAAUACUGUGUGGUCUCUAACUGAUACACCAAAAGAGUACUUUUGAAUAUGACAAACCUGGCUGUUUCUGGAACAACAACAAAGUGACCCACCUGAGCAAUUUGCAUGUGACUAAUUGAUAACAGUAAAAACACAGGUGGGAAAGAAGAGCUGCUGGAGGAAAAGAAGCGCGUCGUAUGUUUCGCAACAGACCUGCCAAAGACUACAAGAAAAGACCGCUACAGAAAGCAGAAGGAAAACAGAGAAAACAGCAACAGGGAUAUGUGUUUGAAAAAAAUGUCACAAUGAAAGCAAGAAACAAGAAGACAUAAAUAGUAAAUAUUAGUGAAAGAAGUAAAAAUCUACAGAUUGAACUUGUAGCAUUGGAGUCUCGUGACAUGAGACUUGUAUGUCAGUUGGAUGCCGCAAUCUUUUCUGCUGUAUACAUGAUUUUAGAAAAGGUGGGCUCCACAUCUAUAGUUACAACUAUAAUCUGUGAUGUUGUGCCUGGGGCUUCUGACCCAGGAUUUUCAGAAUUCUUUGCUCUCUGCCUCAGCCAGGCACAGGAAUAUUGUCUAAUUUAGUUGGUGUGGGAUCGAUGUUGUUAUUUAACGCCUUGUAUGCCGUCUAGUAGUCACAAGUUUGCACAGAUAUCUGUGGGGGUGUAAACAGUCUAGAAAACAUUACAAGCAGGUGGAGGCUUUAUCUACUCCCAGGCAGAGUUUGCAGGGAAGAAGGUUAGAAGUUGCAAACAUUAGGUACAGAAAUCAAUGGAACAGUACACAAAUGGCAUAGCUUAAUAAUACCAUACUUAAAGUAAUUUUAAGAUUUUUUUUUCAGAGGGAAGAAACUCCCUUUCAUUGUAUCCAACCACCUACUAAGACUCCUCAGUUCAGCCCUCUCUCUAAAUGGCUCUGCAUUCAUUCUUGUUCCAAAUGGUGGAAUUUCUUAUAACAAAAAACAUGAGUGAAAUGUGAGGGUUUUGGAGAUUCUAAGCUUGUAUUCCUAUGCUAAUAGCACUGCAUUCAGUGUAAUGUCAGAGUUCAAACCAAUUCAGAAAGUUGUUCUGGGACCAACAAACUAACUCAAAUUUGUAAAAUCAGCCAAAUACUGAACUGUGGAGUACAAAAUAUGUAAUGAUUUUUAGUUGGCAUUUUUGUAAAAAUAUGGGUUUAAAUACUUCUCAUUUCCUAGUGAAGCAGAGAGCUGGUUAUUCAAACUAAGCCUGUCAUUUUUCCAGCUCUGGAAAUUGCUUGAUCAACAUUUCCAUCUCUUUUUUAUUCAAACUUUUAAAAGCAAGCAAAACAAAACCCUACAGUACUCACUAUUUCUGUAUUCCUAAAAAUACCAACAACUACUGCACCAAUAAAUACAGAAAACACAGUAUGCAUAAUACUAGAUCACCAGCAAUGAGUGGCUGAGUCACCUGCACUGGAGUCUCCUGCAUUGGAUAUUCAGGCACAGGAUUCCUGUAGCCUGUAGUCUCUUGAUUAGAAACGGCCAUCAUAACCCAGUGAGCUUCAUUAAACUGAGAGAGCAUGUGAAAACCUUACCUAUUCCUCAUCCUGUCAUCUGCUAUGUAUGUUGUCACACCAUAAAGUUAGAUCUUCGUUAAUCUCCGUGGGUAUUUAAAGCUCUAUUUAAAUAUUUUGUAUCCUCCAAAUGUGACUGACUGAGAAUAUUUAUUUCUUGGCUUAAGAUCCUGUGUAAUGAUCCAUCUGCUCGGUAAUGGCUAAUACCCUAAUCUCUUCUUUUUGUGAGCUAAUCAAGGUCCCAGACAGCAUGCAGUCUCAUUAGAUGUCAGAGAGGAUAAAGGUCUUAGGAAUGGUUAUAAAAUUUGAUGGUUUAAUUAAUACCUUUAUUAUUGGCUUUAAACCUUUUAGUGUGAGGCUAUGAUUUUAAGAUGCAGACCCGUGUCCCAGCCUCUCCUCUGCUUAGGGAGAAUGAUAUGGAUCCCUUUAGAGUCCCUCUUCAGGUGCACUAGGAUAAUUAUGCCUAUGCUGUAGGGCAGGCAUGCUCUGUGAAGGACUUACAUCCUACUUCAUCCAUUCUCCAUGAAGAGGACCGAAUUACUACCUUGCAGUCAUCUCCCAGUUCACACACUCUGGUUUCCUCUGCCUACAAGGGUGAAAGAAGGGAAAGAUGUGUGCUUGGAUGACAUCCUGACAUAGCUGUGGCAUGGCAUUGGCUUGGACUGGGAAUUUGGGAAGCAAAACUAGGACACCAACUAUGGACAACCAAAAUCUGAUGAAAGGCCUUGGCCCCAAUCUUUAAAGGUUGCCUACGCCUAGAAAACAGUCACAAUCAAAUACGAUGGUUAAUUGGCGCCUGUAAGAAGUAUGCAAGGUACUUUCAGUCUCUUGCUGUCAUUGUCCUGAAUCCAAGAUAGUCACAGCCUGGGCAUUACUUUUCAGUAUUUUCCAAUGAAAAUAAAUCCUAAUAUGAGAUUA